AGUGUUGUCGGUGUUGAUAAUCGCGCAAACCGACAAAAUAUCCUGUGUUUCUUUUGUUCGCGUUAAACAUUCCCUAAGAAAAUCUUCCACAAAUCUACGGAUUUUAGUAACGUGCGCGUUGGGAGUAAGCGAGCCAUCAAGCGAUGGUAUUCAGAUUCAGCAUCCGUUGUAACUGUUGCUGAGCCAGUUAUCGAUGCCUUGAACUGCCUUCGCAGUUUGUCAUCAUGGAGCUCGACUCCGUCGACUGCUGUUUGCUUGCAAUGGAUAGCGAGUCGGUCACUCCCGGCCAGAGUGCACCCUGGCAAGGUGUUCAAGAUCGGCUAACUUUGCCGGAGGAAUCUCAUGGCCGUUGCAUAGGCCACUGGCAAGAACGAAUCUUUUGCGCUGUGUGCCAGCAGUUUCUGGAGGAGCCGUGUUGGUUUCAUGCCAAAAGCGUUCCCAACGAGAGCGUGGUUCCUUUCGCACUGGCCAGUCUGCCUAAAAUCUUGCGCCUGGAUGUUUGCGCUGAUUCCUCCACAGGGAAGAAAGUGCUGGCCAAUGUCCGAAUUCCUCCUCAGACCGUUUUCGGCCCACUGGUGGCCCCGCUGGCGGAGAAAAGCAGCGAUGCCUAUGUCUGUGCAUUUCCCAGCGCGGACGACGGUCAGCUGCGUUUCUUCCAGCUGGACUCGGAGCUCUUCUCCAACUGGAUGCGCUAUGUGCGUUUCACUGAGAAUCCGGCGGAGAAGAAUCUGGCCGUCUACCUCCGCGGAUCGCAGAUCGUCUUCGUCAGCGUCCGCACCAUUUUGCCCGGCGAAGAGCUAAGGGUGUGCUAUUCUGCUAAAUACUCCCGAGCAAUUGGAUGCACGAAUGUUCAGAGCGCAAAACAAGAGAACGAGAGCUUUUGUGUAACAGUAUUGCCGAUGUCUUUUGCAGAUAUGGAGUAUGGUGAUCACAAUGAAAAUGCUCUGCCACCGACCUAUCCCCAAAAUCUAAUGGAAACUGGCUCACAUGUUGACACUUUUGAAUGGGAUGGCGAUUCGUCAGGGACGCAGAUGAUCGAAAAUAACGCAAGUGGCCUUCGGGAUGUGCUGGUUUCUCCCCACAUACGGCCCGCUAAAUCGUUAGCUGCGCACAGCCUGAAAAGAGUUGGGGGUGUGAAUGGAAGAUUCCUGGCGAGCACAUCCGCCUGUGCAAUUCCCCCUUCUCCUCACUAUGAAGCUGCAGAUUUGGGAAUGGACGACGGUGGAAGUGCGUCACCUCCGCCACCGAGUGGUAGCCGAGAUGCACCACCGGUGACAGCACGUACGAUGCGCGAGGACUCUCCCGAGAUCGAAUAUCGUCCCCCAUUCGGUACAGUCCAAGUUCCCACCGAAAGGCGCAACAAAGAAGAGCUUGAAAUAAAUGCAGAGACAGUUUCCAGAAGAAGCACCCUCCGAUCAGCGGCCAGAGAAACUGUUACACUUUCACAACGGGAUGGCUGUGAUCAGAUCGUCGAAACCGUUUCGCACCGGAUUAAGGACAAACCCAUCCGAGAAACGAACGUAGUGCGCAUGGAGCCGUCCUGUUUAAAUGGCGCGUCAAGCGGAAAUGGUGACUUGGAAGUGACUGAAUCCCCAGACGGACAGAGUUGUGCCUUCCGCGCAAGACGGAAGAAUUUGUAUGACGGAGGGAUUCGCAUGGAGUGCCCGGUGUGUCACAUCGCGGUGUUCCAAUUACGCGUUCAUUUAAGCCAAGAACAUCCGGAAUAUGCGUCCGAGGAGUUCAAGCAUGCUUGUCAAACGUGCGGAAUGCGGUAUCGGACGAUGCGCCGUUUGCGCGUCCAUAUAUCAAUGUUCCAUUCGGUAUGUGGAGCCGAAAUAACCGCGGAAUCGCAUCAAGAGGCCAUCGAGUACAUGCGAGAAACCGGAAGUCUUUCGUAUUUCUGUGCAGGCUGCAAUAAGUAUUUCGUGAAUAAAUCUUUAUGGGCUAUCCAUGAGCUGUCACACCGAGCAGUGGAAGAUUAUCAAGCGCGGGCAGAACGAACAUGUCCAGUUUGCGAUUUCACGGGAGCCACUUUCGCCGAACUGGCGCUGCACACGGCCGAUCACGCUAUCAGCCCCAAGGACAGGAAACAGUGUCUUCUCUGCCCGCUGCAAAUUGUUCAACUGUCGGCGCAUUACAAAAAGUAUCACCCGGAAUACCGGGAACUUGUAUCUAAAGAUUGGCAGUUUGAGUGCCAGCAGUGCCGAGUGAAGUAUCUUUCCAAGAUUCACUUGGACGCCCAUCUGCGGACUCAUAGUAAUUAUAAAUGCGUAUAUUGCGCCCUGCAGUUCGAUACUGGCAAUGCGCUGAGAGUCCACAAUCUAACCCAUCAGAAAGACGGUGUCUUUCCCUGUCCCAUGUGCCCACGGACGUUCCCCUUGUACAGGCCGUUUCGUAAGCAUUACCGAAAGAACCACGACGUCAAGAACGUGUCAGUCUGCGAAGUAUGUCAGUUCGUGUGCAAAAAUAAGGUUCGCUUAAAGUUGCACAUGCAGUCGCAUAACCAGGAUUACCGGUAUGCCUGCACCCAGUGCGGGAAGCGCUGUAAGGCUGAACGAUAUCUUCGAAAUCAUGUCCGACGGGUGCACGAAGGGAAACACAUGGAAUCUGAGAAAAAUAAGUACAGUAAGCGCAAAGAGAAAGAAAAGCAGGGCUUGCUCAAGCCUUACGCAGAUCCCCGAAGGAAAUUUCCGUUCGAAGGUUUCCCCUUUAAAUGCCACGAAUGUAAGCGGGGAUACUUGCUGCGAAGGUCACUGAUGGAUCACGUCAGAGAAAGACAUCCUGAACUGGAUCCGCAGAGCGUACCGGUGAUGAUGUUUGCGGAGGAAUAAGCUUUCAAAUUGCUGAAAUUAACUCACACGAUUCACGUUUCGUGUGCAGUUCUGUGUAAACUAUAUUUUUGAUUCCUUCGACCAUGUUGACUAUCAAGUUUUAGCAACUCGUUGUCUCAGAAUUACUAUUACAGUACUACUUACGUUGUCUCACAACAGAAGUCUCAGAAUAUUUUCAAGGUGGGUAUAUAUACCCACCUUGAUAUUUUGGUACUUUCAUGAUGUUCGGGAACAGUAAAGAUAUGCAUGCAUUU